GGGUGAAUCAACUUGCAGCACGAAAUGUUUGGUGAGGUAGGAGGUUUCUGUGACACAGAUUUGCAGCGCCUGUUCCCAAGGUUUACAUUUCUAAAGAGACUUUAUAAUUGGUGGAGAGCAGACAGACUUUUUGGCCAAUCAGAUUCUGUGCCGAGGUGGGGGAUCUGCUCUUCCUGCCCGCCUCUCCUCCCCCAGCUCCCAGGCUCCACUCAGAUUCAAUUCCCCUCCUCCUCCACACCCCCGCCAUUUGGUGACUAAGAAGAACUGCUGCAGGCAGACAAACCUCGGAGCAGUUUUUAAGAGCUGGAAGGAGAUAUUAGAGAUUUCAGCUGCUACAUCCCAAGCCCUGGGUCUACCUUGGAGACAGGACAGCAAAGAAUCAGUGUCCAGGAAGGGACUUCUGGGGCAUGGGGCCCAAGACACCCACUGAGCUCUCUGGGAAAUGGCAAGUGCUAUGCAUGUUGUCCUUGUGCUGCUGGGGCUGGGUGUCUGGGCAGCUUCAUUACUCAGUGGUGGAGGAGUCUGAGCCUGGGACUCUGGUGGGGAAUGUUGCGCAGGAUCUAGGCUUAAAGGUGACAGAUCUGUUGAGCCGCCGACUGCGGUUGGGCUCUGAGGAGAAUGAGCACUAUUUUUCUCUGAGCUUGAUGAGUGGUGCUCUGGCAGUGAAUCAAAAGAUUGACCGAGAGAGCUUGUGUGGAGCCAGCACCAGCUGCCUGCUGCCAGUGCAGGUGGUGACUGAACACCCCUUGGAAUUAAUUCGUGUAGAGGUAGAGAUCCUGGAUCUUAAUGACAACUCUCCUAGCUUUGCCACUCCUGAACGAGAGAUACGCAUCUCAGAAUCAGCAGCAGUUGGAGCAAGGUUUCCACUGGAUAGUGCCCAGGAUCCAGACGUGGGCACCAAUACCGUGAGCUUCUAUACUUUAAGCCCCAGUAGCCACUUCUCUCUGCAUGUGAAAACCCUAAAAGAUGGAAAACUGUUUCCUGAACUGGUGCUAGAGCAGCAGCUGGACCGUGAAGCGCAGGCAAGACAUCAGCUAGUGCUUACUGCUGUGGAUGGGGGUACCCCAGCCCGCUCAGGCACCACCUUAAUCUCUGUCAUCGUGCUGGAUAUCAAUGAUAAUGCUCCAACCUUCCAGUCCUCAGUUAUACGUGUGGGACUUCCAGAGAAUGUACCCAUAGGUACAUUGCUGCUCCGCCUCAAUGCCAGUGAUGUAGAUGAGGGCACCAAUGGCCAACUAGACUAUUCUUUUGGAGACCAUACAUCUGAGGCAGUGCGCAAUCUCUUUGGCCUAGAUCCUAUUAGUGGAGCCAUCCAUGUGUUAGGUCUCAUAGACUUUGAGGAAUCAAGUUUCUAUGAAAUUCAUGCAAGAGCCCGGGACCAGGGACAGCCAGCGAUGGAAGGCCACUGUGUGAUUCAAGUGGAUGUGGGGGACGUCAAUGAUAAUGCCCCAGAGGUACUACUGACCUCUUUGGUGAAUCCUGUCCUGGAGAGUACAUCAGUGGGCACAGUAGUGGGAUUGUUCAAUGUGCGUGACCGAGAUUCAGGGAGAAAUGGUGAAGUAAGCCUGAAUAUCUCUCCAGAUCUGCCAUUUCAGAUUAAGCCUUCUGAGAACCACUACUCAUUGCUAACUAGUCAGCCCCUGGAUCGUGAGGUCAGACCACACUAUAUAAUCAAGCUGCUGGCCAGUGAUGCGGGCUCACCUCCCCUGCAAACUCAUCUCACAAUCAAGCUCAACAUUUCAGAUGUUAACGACAAUACACCUUACUUCAGUCAGCAGCUUUACACUGCUUAUAUUUCAGAAAACCGGCCUCCAGGCUCCCUUCUCUGCACUGUGGCUGCGUCAGAUCCAGAUAUUGGGGAUAAUGCCCGCCUCAUCUACUCCAUUGUAGGGAAUCAGAUCCAGGGAGCCCCAGCCUCCUCCUUUGUUUACGUCAACCCUGACGAUGGGCGUGUCUUUGCCCAGCGAACCUUUGACUACGAACUGCUGCAGAUGCUGCAGAUCGUAGUGGGGGUUCGAGACUCUGGCUCUCCCCCAUUGCAUGCCAACACAUCUCUGCACGUGUUUGUCCUGGACCAGAAUGAUAAUGCCCCCAUGGUGCUGCAUCCAAGACCAGGCCAGGAACUCUCAGCCCCCCAGCGUCUCCCUCGCUCUAUUCCUCCUGGCUCCUUGGUCACCAAAGUGACAGCUGUAGAUGCUGAUGCAGGCCACAAUGCGUGGCUCUCUUAUUCUCUAUUGCCCCAGUCCACGACUCCAGGGCUGUUCCUGGUAUCUGCACGUACUGGGGAGGUACGCACAGCCAGGGCCUUACUAGAGGAGGAUGCUGACACCCAGCAGGUGGUGGUCUUGGUGAGGGACAAUGGUGACCCAUCCCUCUCGUCCACAGCCACAGUGCUGCUGGUUCUGGAGGAUGAAGACCCAGAGGAAAUGCCCAAAUCCAGCGACUUCCUCACACACACCCCGGAGCGGUCAGACCUUACCCUUUAUCUCAUUGUGGCUCUGGCAACCGUCAGUCUCUUAUCCUUAGUCACCUUUACCUUUCUGUCAGCUAAGUGCCUUAUGGGGCAAGCCAGUGGGGACGGGGGCGGGGGCCAGUGCUGCAGGCGUCAGGAGUCACCCUCGCGGGAGUUCUAUAAGCAGUCGGGCCCCAACCUGCAGGUGAGCUCCGAUGGCACGCUCAAGUACAUGGAGGUGACGCUGCGGCCCACGGACUCGCAGAGCCAUUGCUACAGGACGUGCUUUUCACAAGCCUCGGACGGCAGUGACUUCACUUUCCUCAGGCCGCUCAGCGUCCAGCAGCCCGCCUCCGCGGCGCUGGAGCCUGACGCCUACAGGUCCCGCGCUAACACCCUGAGGGAGCCGAGCCAGCAAGCCCCGCCCAACACGGACUGGCGUUUCUCGCAAGGGCAGAGACCCGGCACCAGCGGCUCCCAAAAUGGCGAUGAGACCGGCACCUGGCCCAACAACCAGUUUGAUACAGAGAUGCUGCAGGCCAUGAUCUUGGCCUCCGCCAGUGAAGCCGCUGAUGGGAGCUCCACCCUAGGAGGGGGGGCUGGCACCAUGGGCCUGAGUGCCCGCUAUGGGCCCCAGUUCACCCUGCAGCAUGUGCCCGACUACCGCCAGAACGUCUACAUCCCCGGCAGCAAUGCCACACUUACCAGCGCAGCUGGCAAGCGGGACGGCAAGGCCCCAGCAAACGGCAACGGCAACAAGAAGAAGUCAGGCAAGAAGGAAAAGAAGUAACGUGGAGGCCAGGCCUGGAGCCCGCGGGCACCUCCCACCCCAGUCAGCCCAGCCUCUCCCCACCUGUACCCAGGCCUUGGAUUUCUAGGGCUGGCCCCCAGGAUACUGGGUGGGGCCAAGGCCAUUCUUCCCUUGGGAAACAGAAACAAGUGCCCAGUCAACACCCCCCUCUCUGCCCCCCCCUCCGGGGGGAUUGAAUAUGCAAAGGGAGUUCUGCUGGGAACCCCCAUCCAAUCCAUUGCUGUGCCCAUGGGGGUAGUAGGGUUAGUGUAGACACCGAGAACCAUUUAUCACACCCCCUUUAGUUACGGCUGAACUCCUCCAUCUUCUAAAUUCAAUCAGAAUCAUCUACCUGCUCCUGGCCCUCCCCCCUACCCCACCCCAAUCCUUCAACAUUUCCUCUUUCCCCCCAAUAAGGUGGUUGGGGUGUUGAGGUACCUACCAGGUGACCCAGAAUGGCUCAGAGUUCUGAAGAGAUGGGCGGGCACCACAACCAUGGCUUUCCCUUUAGUUUUCCCACUUCCCUCCUAAAGCGUGGUUUGGUGCCAGCCCAUUGGGCGCCUGCCAGAGCCUGAGACCAAGCUCAAGAUUUGGAUUACACAGUCACCAGCCCCGUGGUACUGAUGCUUGCUGGAUUUAGGGAGGGCAUUUUGCUGCCAUUCCUCUUCCCGAAGCCCUGGGGACCAGUCUUUUGUUUUCCAUUUGUCACUGUUUGAUAUUCCCACUGCAUGCUGUGACUUCCCGCACCCCAUACAAGAGACUCCAUUGCAUGUUCCAAGCCGUUAAGUAUGCGGUGGUAAGAUAGAAAAGGGAAGGGUGUGAAUGUGGAAGAGAGGGGGGGUUGGACAAAGCUUGACCCAUCAGCUAAAUAGGGUCUUGUGGGACAGGAAGCUCUGUAUGCCCCAGGGUACUGACCAGAUCCCCAAAUUCCAGCCAUCAACUAAGUACCAGGCUAGACCCUCACCCACCUCUCAGCCAGCCUUGGGCAGAGCUACCGGCAACUCUGUAUUCAAACUGACAUUAGGUCAAAGGUAGCACUGAGAACGCUGAGGACCAGGUUCCCCCCGCCCCCCCGCAGAGGUCAGAGGAUCCUCUGUGGGUGCUGGGUACUCCAGAGGAGCCUCUGUUGAAGGAUCAGUGUGGCCCUGCAGGUGGAGAGGGCCGGUUAUGCCAUUCUCGACCCUGGGUUGGGGAGGCAAGAGGCAGCAUAGACCAAGUGGAGACUCAUCUCAGCCCGGAUCAGGGCUUCUCCACGGGACCGCUGCGCUCCUCCAGCCUGGGUCCUUAACCUUGCCAGGUGCCAUUUCUUCUCCGCGAAGGUCACUGCCCAGGCCCCUAGUCCGCCCCCUAGUGGCCAGAGCCUGGUUAAAGUCCCCCAGUGCCUCCUUGUGCAUAGACCUUUCCUCUGCCCAGCCCCUUCUGUCUCCCGGUCCCGUUCGUCCAGCGGGGCUGCGCGAGAACCCCAUCCCGGCCCUACAGUAGUAUAGAGACCCCCCUUUCGGCUGGUGUAGAAUAGCCAAUAGUGUAGUGCGGUGUGCUUUUCCGUGAUGGCGAGUGGGCAGCGGGCAGCGGGCUCCGCGCGGUCUUCUGUCCCCGGUCUGCCCGGCGGCCCGUGCUGUGUUUUGUGCUGUGUCCACGCGCUGCGGCGACCCCCCUCCCCGGUACUGACUCCUAUAAGCGCUUCUCCGCAUAGUCAUGUAGCUCCCCACCCCCACCCUACCCCUUGUCUCACGCAAGUUUUAUACUCUAAUAUUUAUAUGGCUUUUUUUUUCUUGGAAAAAAAUAAUAAAAAGGUUUCUUCUGAA